AGCUGGUCCCGUUGCUGCUGCCUGCAGCUCCUUCCUUGACUUGCCAGCAUGGGCUCCUUUGCCCCGGGGGCUGCCGCUCAGGAGCUUCUGCUGCCGCCAGAUUGGGACAGGGCUCAGUUUUUCACUGCCAUCCACUGGAUCCAAGCUGUCACGGCUACUUUGAGCAUCAUGGGGUCGAGCUCAAUUAUCGGCUACACCAUAUUCCGGAAUACCACCAGAUCCCCUGAGGUGCGCCCUCUGGUCUACCUGAGCCUCUCCGAUCUCUUUCUGGGGUUGUGCUGGCUCACGGGGGCCCUCUUCUACAGCAGAGAAGCAUCCCACCCAACUAGAGAAGGCACCAUCUGCUACAACUUGCAAGCCACUGGACAGAUCUUCUAUGUCGCCUCUUUUCUGUACACAGUGAAUUACACCUGGCAGCUUUACAUGGAUUUGAAAGGGAAAUUCAACCAGCACUUACAUGGCCAGAUGCCACAGAUGUUGAAGUAUUCAACUCACCUUGGCCGAAUAGCUAUCGUUUUCUCUAGUCUCAUCCCGAUAUUCCUGAUGGCGCCUGUUUUGGGACUAGGCAACCACUUUCAGUGUUCUCAGAACUUCACCGCCGAACAUGGGUGCCUCCUGUUGCACAUGGAAAACAUGCUCAGCCCCAGAUCCCAGCAUGUCACCUGCACCGUGCUGUGCUUGUACAGCACUGGAGUUUUCCUGGUCUCGUUUACGGUCAGCUUCCUUGCAAUUCUGACGUUGCUCAUCCGAGCCAGGAUGUUGUACAAGCGGUUUGUGAACUCGAUGGGCUACGUCGGCGACCAACAGUGGGAGAUGUUGAAGGUGGUGGAGCAAGCCGUGGCUCUGUACCCUGUGGUGUUUUUCUGCUGCUGGGGCCCAGCCUUUAUCCUCGGCAUAGUCAAGCUGGCACGUAUAGACCACGCCAGCGUUUACAUGGCCCUUUAUGUUCUAGAGGCCCUGACCGCCUCUUCCCAGGGGUUCCUGAACUGUGUGGUUUACGGCUGGACCCAGCACAUGUUCCACUGUGUGAAACGCAAGGCUUGCCGUGAUGUCGACACCCAGACGCCCCUCCUGCGCUCCCAGAAGAGGUUCUACGCCAGCACCCUCCCAGCCCGCCCGCAGGCGGUGGCUGAGCCCUCCUCCCCUUCCACAACCACGGUGUUAUGAAUGGGAGGCGGACCUUCGAACUCUCCUCUUCCACCUGUCCUGCCUCGAGGCUCUUUGCUCAGCAAGGCCGGCUUUGCUUUCUACAUCCUG